CUUGUGCGCACACGUUAUCGCCGAAGGUAUGUGCCACAUGCGGUUAUGAACGGUCGUGAACGGUGUAGAUGUUCAUCUCAGUCGUCCGACGAGUGCGUUCGCGUCGUGUUUUUUAAAUUAUACUGUUCUAUACGUACGUUGUUUUGAAGCGGUUUGGUUGGUUUUUUAUUGUGGGUGUCGGAGAACACUAUAAAUCCGACAGAUUUUCGCAAGCAUAAAAUUAAAAACCACUAUACGAUUGCCAAGCCGUGUGUUUUCUCUGACCGUAUGUGCGAACCGAAUGUGAGUUAUGAACUCCAGAGUUCGAAGAUGACUCGAUGACGCCAGAAUUUUCAGUUGGUGACCGUCGCCAUACACUGCACAGGACUUAUAAACUUGGAAGCCACCGAAAACAGGCCUUUUAGACCACAAUAAGAGCCCAAUCCGUUCAUAAUGAGCGUGCAAAAUCUUCGAAACAAGUUCAGUCAGAACAACGGAUCGGUUGCAUACAAUCCGCCCGGACUAAGUUACGCAAAACCCGAUUCGCCGUCGACGCUGAACAACAAUAACAACAAACACCAUCACCACCAAGUGUCGAAUUAUCAGAUGCAAAACGGUGGUGGUGGACGGUUCAAGACGAUUCGCGAAGAGCCGGAUGCACCAGAAGACUGUAGCAACAAGCCGGUGGCGACCAAGAACAACAGUUUUCUGCAGAGUUAUCUAGCGAAUGAGAUGACGAGGAACAACAAUGGUUCGACUGGCAAUGGAAAUAAGCCGAUAGCUGCGGUACAAGUACCGGUGCAUAAUCGGUUCGUCGCCUCUAGAUCGUCACCGGUGGCGGAUGUUGCGUCAAAAUUCAUGGUCAAAUCCCCUCAGGAAACCUGUAAAUCGAAAUUGUCGUUUGGUGAGGUAAAAUCGCCAAUGCAGUCUCCGGCCACUCCCGUGCAUACGCCCAAGACAAUCGGUGCAAAACCGAUGCUUCCGCCGCCGCUACCGGACAAUACUCCGCCCAGGAUUUCUGUCAAAUCUUCGACGGUUCUAAAUAGCAAUAUAAAUUCUGUACCAACCACCGAGGACAAAUGGAAGAGCAAAUACGACGAAACGGAAACAAAGCGAAAGAGUCUGUUGAUUCAGUCUCAAAAAUUGUUGAGAGAAAAGUCGGACAUGGAACGCCAAGUGGCGAAGCUGCGCACCAAUCUCGAACUGUCGAAUAAAGAUUUAUCGGAAAAGACUUUGCAACUUUCUCAGCUGAGGAAUCUUUCAGAAGCAAUGUACAAAGAAUAUGAUCAAUUAAAACAGCAAUAUGAACUCGAAACAACUACGCUGCAAAAGGCGAUGGAACGAGCUUCGCAGUGGUACAAACAAAACCGUGAGCUGAAAAGAAGGAGUUCGGCGUUAAUGCAAAAAGUCAUGUCAGUGGCGCCGUCCACGCUGGAUGACUUAGCAGACGACACGGAUGGUAAUGACAAUGAUACGGACAACAACGACACCGAAAUGGAAGAACUGAGGAAAACUGUCAAAGAGCUUACUCAAGAAGUGUCGAGACUACAAGCAGAAUUAAAUAAAAUUAAACUUCAAGAAUUUGAAGCCCAGGAGCAGACAGUAGACUUAACUUCUGAACUGGAGGAAGAACGCAGGGCGCGGAAACGUGCUGAACAAGAACUGAAAGAAUUAAAAAUGAAACACAACAAUUUGGAAUCAGUUAGCCGUAAAGUAGUUGAAGAGACAACUGUAUUACACCAACAAUAUAAGAGAGAAAAAGAAGAAGGCGUAAAGAUACGAAGUGAUGCAAACAAAGUAAAAUCCGAAAGAGAUGUACUUGCACGGCAAAGUCAAUUGUUGAUGAUGGAUGCUGCAUCGGACGAAAAAAUUAUGAAACUUUUGUUUGAGGUAGAACAAUUGCAAAGAACCCUAAGCCAAGAGAGGCAAGAGCAUACUGAACAGCUAAAAGACUUACACGAAAAGUUGGAAUCUCAAAGUGAAUCUGAACAAAUUGAAUUGUACGAAGAGAAGUUAAAGUUAAUCGAAGCGGAAUUAUUAUGUUCUCAGCAGAGAGCUGACAUUGCUGAAUCUCAGGUUGAAGAACUCGAGAAACAACUUCGAGAAACCAAAACUGUAACCGCAACGCCCCAAUGCGGACCUCCACCACCACCACCACCACCGCCAGCUCCACCGGCACCACCACCACCACCGCCACCGAUGGUAUUGCCGGGGACGAUCAGUGGUAUCAAGCUGAAAACAGUUAGCUCGUUGAACCAUAACUCUAAUGCCAUUGAAGAUUUAGGGAAUUACUUGGGAUUGCCACUGGCGACUCCCAAGGGCCCUCAAGUCCAGAACGGUGCCAUUGAUGCGAUAAUCAACCAGAUAAAAGGAGGUCGUUUCAGUCUAAAAGCCACGGACAAGGAGACUCCGGUCAAAAAACAAGAACCGCAACCAGUUGUCAACGAGAUGAUGAAUGUUCUAGGCACAUUGCGCCGAAAUCCCAAACGGAGAGCCAGUUUCAAAACAGCGCCGGCCGAUGUGGCCCUAUAAUAAUAAUAAAAAUAUAUUUACAGUCCUAACUGUCUGCGUGUCUCGCUUAAAAAAAUUAUCAUAACUAUAAAUAUAUAUAUAUAUAUAAUUCUUUUUGUUCCUCGAAUGUGUGUGUGUUUGUGUGUGCUCGAGUGUACUUGACAGACAUUUUCACUACUCAUUAAAAGAAAAAAAUUGUCAUUUUAUUGUAAAUAUAUAUAAUAUAUAAUAUGAUAUAUAUAUAAUAUAUAAUCCUGUAGCUACUACAUGUGUAUACAUAUAGUUAUUAGAAGCGACUCUUUAGCGUAAAAAUAAUAUAAUUUAAUGGUCGGAAACGACAGGACAUCUGUGAUUUUUACAUUUCUACUGAAUUUCUUAUUAAAUAUUAAAUACCGUGCAUAAUUUAAGGAAAUUUGUUUUUAAGAAUAAAAUAUUAUUACUAUUUAUUAAGAACCAUGAUCAAUUGUAUUUAACUGCAAGUGUGAAAAUUAUAGAUAUAUAGUUAUUGUUUUUUAAAUUUUAUUCUAAAAUAUUUUACCAUAAAAAUCAUUUUUAUUUAUCAUUUUUUUUCCAUG